AAAUGACAAUAAUUUAUCAAAGUUUAAAAUAAUUUUGAAACAAUUAUCUCUUGGUUGGAUAUUCUUCUCCGUAGAUAGUUAAAUAAAAACUAAUGUAGAAAAUGACAGUUUGAAACAAAUUAUAGUAUAUAAUUGUCGAAAUUAAAUUUUAAAAUCGCUGUGUUUUUGUUUUAUAUCGCUCUUUUGUUAUCAUUUAAAUUGUUUUAUGACGAACAAAGGAAAGUUAUUUGUGUUAAUUAAAGAAAAUUUUACAUUAAUUUUGAUGUUAUAAAAAAUAAUUUAAACUAUUUGAAAAUAUAUCUAUACUCGGAUCAUUUGAAAUAUAAACUUUUGAUUAAUAAGAUAAAUUCAACCUCUUCAAUAUGAGACUUUAUAAGAAAUUGAAGUUUCCGUUCGAAGUAACUAAGGGGAGAGCAGAAGACUUGUACCGACUCCGUUUUAUGCGGAAAAGCGAACUUGAACCUUCUGUGAGACAUAAUUUAAGACACAAUGUUGGCCAAAUGGGACGCCAAUUAGAUCUGUGGUUUAAAGAGCAAUUAUUUACGAUAGGAUCUUUAAAUAAAGAACAAGAAAAAAUAAAUCAGUCACGAAAAAGACUUAAAACUGAAAUCCGACGAUCGAAGAAACGUGAAUAUGCGAGACAGCAAGAAGAAAUACGGAUAAAAUUGAAAAACAUUAAGAUGAAAAUGUUGAUGAUGAAAGUGAUACAAAAGUUUAAGGAGAAUGUGUCAAUAGCAAGGUCUUACAGGAGCGGAGAGUCUCGUCUUAAAGGAAACGUAGAUGUGCUUCGAGUGUCUGGUAAUAAACAACUGAUUCACGGUUCUAGCGAAAAACAGAAAACAUCUCAUGAUAUUGAAACAGUUGAAAGGGAUAAUCAAGACUAUGUUACUGACGAAGAACAUAGAAAAUCCAAUAAUGAUGGAGAUGAUAGAGUAACGUUAUCAAACGGAGAAAAGCAUCAAAGAAAGGAAGCUGUUGGAAAAAGUAAAGACACCUUGAGCAGAACGCAUUUACAUUCUAAGGAAGUCGCUGAAACAAAUGAUUUUUGUGAUAUACCUGCAGGCUCCUAUGACUAUGACAGUAACGACAAUGAUGUAGACGAUGACGACGUACUUGGUCAAAGAUAUCCAUCCUCACGUGGAUCAAGAAUGGAGACGAUCCCUGAAGAGGCAGAAGAAGUUGAAGUAGAAAUGGAGGAUUUAAGAAAUUUUCCGAAACUUACAAAGAGACGCUUACAUUUGCUAAAUCGUAGUCAGUCAAAGCGGAACAUAUUUGAAGUCAACGAUAACGUUCCAUUGCUGCCGGAAGUAUCUGGUCAUCACGUGCAGUCAAACGAUAUGGGGCGCCAUCUACCGGACACUGCUGACAAGGAGACACAAACCUCUGACAAACCAGAAUUUGGCAAAACAAAAAGGAAAAAGCCAUCACAUCUUCGGAGAGCAGCAGACAAUUCCGAACGAAAUGGAAAAAAGACAAUUGUCGUAAAAUUACCACGAUCAAAAAUUCCGACGCCAAGAGAGAGGAAAAAUUCGGCAAAGUCUAACAGUGGUCACUGCGGUUCCGACGACUCCGACGAAGACUAUAACGACGAAACGACGGACACAGAUUUUGCUUACGGCUUUGAAUCAGAUUUAGUAACAUCUGAACUAACUGAAUCUGAUAACGAUGAUGAUGCAGUGAAUGAACCGUCAGUUGGCCAUAAAAUGCCGGACUUUACUUUGACUAAGCAUAAAAGAGAGAGCGGUCAAACAUCUCAGAGUCUUCCAUCAGUGACAAAUAUUGAAGCCAACUUUCCAAAUAUAACUACGUUUAGUAUUCAGAAUUCUUACUCAUUAAGGUACAAAGAACGGAGCUUCGUUUUAAAUACAUUUGAAAGGGAGAGAGCAACCGGAAGUGCCAAGCUUGAACGAAAGUCUCGUGAAUUGUACUCUGAAGAUAAUAAUCAAGUACACAGUCCUAGACAAGCUAAUAAUGGUUUAACUAAAGAUAUGAAAAAGAAGAGAAGUGAAGAAAUAAGAAAACUUUUAAUGGCAGAUAAUUGCACGAAUAAACAAGAAAAUCCUAAUAUUGCCAUAUAUGGAAGAAAGCCAGAGGGAGUUCCAGCGCCACAUUUUCCUUCUCCGCCAAAUUCCCCAGGACCAAAUCUUGGUUAUCAAGGUUUUAGCCCCAGACGUUCGGCUUCCCUCUCCCAUCAGAAACAUUUACUAUACACACAAACACGAGCAAAGGCUGAACAGCAAGAAAAAAUACAUAAUAUUGUAAGCAGUGAACCCGUUCAAAAAUAUGAACGAACGCGCAGCGGGAAAAUUCGUCCAUUCGGAACACCCCGGAUACCAAAUCUUGAAAUUGCCUCAUUGCGGGAACAAUAUUACAGAGAUAAACUGCUGAAAGCGGAACGAGACAGUAUUUUAAAACAGAACAUGAAAAUGAAGAAGUUUAUAGGUACAUUUGAUAAAGGGAGUGAUCCUGCAAAACUGCCGACCGUUUCCAGUGGUGCGGCCACUGGAACUGAAACCGGCACCACAAGUGGCUCUACGGACAGACCAAAGAAAUCGCUUGGAAAUAUCCUUUUUAAAGUUUACGAACCGGAGCAGAACGUGGAGUUUGAACGAAAAGUAGUGCCUGGUGUAUCAACAACCUCUUUACGGCUUUUGAAAAACUGCAGAUACCUACGCGAAUAUAAACCAAUGACAGAACUAGAAAAGGAGGAACUGCAUUCUGAGAGGAAGACAAGCUGGGAUGCAGCUAAAACUAAACCGGAAUACAGCAACGCCUAUCUUGCAAAUGUCCGAGUCAACCUGAUUUAAAAAUUGUGUGUCUUAGAACAUUAUUUUUUCUACCAGCUACUCAUAAAAUGGUCAUUUUAAGCUUUGGAGUUAAGUGCUAGGUAUAA